UUGCUUCCGACUGACUUUUAUAUUGUAUAUUUCAGGUUCAAUAAGAGAGUUGAUAGGCGUUUUUCUCUAAAAAUUGGCAAGCAAACAGGAGUCCGAAAACACAAAACCUACUCAAAAUAGAACUCAUCGUCAAGGAUACGGACGAUUUGCGGAGUCUGGCCUACCAACAACAAGAUGACGGAUAGUCUGGCCGUCAACAAUAUAUGCUAUGAUGAAAUCGUCAUCGAGGUUAUGCCCAAGGUACGCGAAUUGGUGCCCGAGGAGGUGGGCAAGGAGCUGGAGGUGCGCGUUAGCGAGAUCCUGGAGCAGGCCAAGGUAACUGAUGAAGACUUAAUAUAAUUUAAUAUAUACAAAAACAAUUGGAACAGCACAUUAAGGCGUUUCCUUAUAAGAAAAUAAAUGUACCUGAUAGGCUCAAGCAAUGCAAGAUUUAUGGCUUAUUAAUUGAUCAGAAUAAAUGGAAAAACUUGAAGAAACUCAUCAAGUUGGCAUGGAAAAUAUCAUCAGGCUAUAAUUUGCUAUAGAUCUAGAUUAUUGCAAACCUCAGAUUCUAUAAGCAGUUACUCAUCAGUUUUGUGGAAUGGCAAGCAGCAAGGAAUCUGAAGAUGCAAGCCAACCCGGUGGGGAGCACUCGAAUCUUCUCAGCAUUCAGCAAACGGACGCUUUAAGGAAACUCGUGCAUCAACGGCUUCGGGAGUGCGGCUGGCGCGACGACAUCCAGAAAAUGGUGCGCAGCAUUCUGAAGCAGCGGGGCGUGUACAAUGUCAGCUACGAGGAUAUCACCGCCGAGGUCAUACCCAAGGCUCGCGAAUUGGUGCCCGAGGAGCUGCUCAAGGAGGUGGAGAUGCGUGUGCGCGAUAUCUUGGAGCCGGCGAGGGAAGAUGAUUAAAAUGCCAAUUCACAAGCAAUUAUGUAGAACAAGUGCGCUAAGCGCACCCAAAGAUCGUGCUCUUACACGCUGUCUUUUCAUUUGUAGCUCGAGCUUUCAUUUCAGUCUAAACAACAUGCAAAUACUCUUGUAUAUUAUAGUAUACUUUGGCGUUUCUUCUUUGGUUAUAUGAAAACAAAUAUUCCUUAAUAGUUUGCACGCCAAAUAUUUGAUUUAUGUUACCAAAAUUUAAGAAGUGAUACUCCGAAUUUUACAAAAUCGAUUUGUUAGUUUUUACAAAAUGUGUUUUAU